ACUUCACAUGAUGCCACAGAGUAGAAUUAGUCAGGGGAAGCAAGAGCUCUUGAGGGGAUAAGACAGAGGAGAGAUCAGAUGCCCAGGAGGAGGUGCUCAAAGUGAAGAGGAGUAGAGUGCAGACUUGAGAUUAAAGGCCUGUGGAGGAAAUAGUGUGAGGGAGGGAGACGGGAGAUGUCCAACUGGAUGUUAAAGAGCAUGAAUGCACUCCACUUCCUUGCUUAUUUGAGAGUGGAGGUGAGUGAGACGGGAGUGAAAGGGGCAGAGAUGUGGUGCAAAAGAGGGAGGGGGCUACACAACAGCUCUGUUGGGAGAUGACGGCAGCUGUGCAGAGACGCAGGGAGACGCACAUACAGUGCAACCAGCAACAUUAGAAACACAUCAGGACCAGAUGAUUGCUUCAUUGGCAGAUGGAUGGAAUAACACUUGGAAAUAACCAAAAGUAAGAGGGGAUACAGGACGAGAAAACAAAGGAGAGAAGAACAACAGGUGGACAAAGAAAACCAGAGGACAAUUCCCUGCAGUCCAAAAGAGCAGCUGAUCCACAAUGUUUGUCCAGCUGCAUACGCAACUGAUCCUGUUUCUGACCUUCCCACUCUGUACGUGUGUGUUCCCUGGGCAUCACUGGGGGGAAUGGAAUGACUCCCAGCUUCUGCCCACCAUUCAGAAACUGAUGAAAGGAUAUAACCGCUACCUGAGACCCAAUUUCAAUGAGGGUCCAGUGGAAAUUGGGAUGAGUCUUGAUAUUGCAAGCAUCGAUGCCAUCUCUGAAAUCAAUAUGGACUACACUGCAACUAUCUUCCUCCGCCAGCGAUGGCGUGAUUCAAGGUUGGUUUUCCCGGGGAAUGAGAGCAUCAGCGUGGAUGGACGUCUGGUGUCCCUGCUCUGGAUCCCUGACACCUUCAUUCCAGACUCCAAGCGUUCCUUCUUGCAUGAUGUGACGGUGGAGAACCGCCUCAUACGCAUCUUCAGUAACGGGACGGUUCUCUAUGCACUCCGCAUCACAGCCACAAUCGCCUGCAACAUGGACCUGACCAAAUACCCCAUGGACAGACAGGUGUGCACCCUGCAGCUGGAGAGCUGGGGCUACAACGUGCAGGAUGUAGUGUUUUACUGGACAAGAGGGAAUGACUCAGUGAGGGGUCUGGACACUCUGCGGCUGGCUCAGUAUAGCGUGGAGAGCUACUACACGUCUGUGUCGCAGGCUGUGUAUGAGACUGGACAAUACCCCAAGCUGGUGCUGCAUUUUGCACUGCGGAGAAAUGUGUUGUUCUUCAUCUUGGAGACAUAUGUUCCCUCCACUCUGUUGGUGGUUCUCUCCUGGGUCUCAUUCUGGAUCAGCCAGUCUUCCGUACCUGCCAGGACCUGCAUUGGUGUGACUACAGUCCUCACAAUGACCACUCUGAUGAUGGGCGCCCGCACCUCCCUCCCCAAUGCCAACUGCUUCAUUAAGGCCAUAGACGUCUACCUGGGCAUUUGCUUCACCUUCAUCUUUGGUGCCCUGCUGGAGUACGCCUGUGCACACUUCUAUACGAUGCAAAACCAGACCAUAGAGGAUCUACACAGGGAUCUUGCAAGAGAGUUCAAUGAGUCCAAUGGAAAUGGCUCCAUCCCCAUCGUCAGCUCCACCCAACCAAAGAAUAGCGCAGAAGCAGGCUCCUCUGCAGAGGAACCUGCACAGGAGUCAGAAAACAGCAACACAAAGGCCACCGGUGAACCCAAGGAGGAGAAGCCAGGUCAAGGCUGCAGCCUAUCAUCAGUGAAGGACGCAUCACGGAGGGCAGUGUCCAUCUUCAUUGUAGAAAACCCACACAACAUCGAUCGACACGCCCGCACUGUUUUCCCCACGGCAUUCCUUUUUGUCAAUAUUCUCUACUGGCUUUAUUAUCUCUUUCUCUGAGAGAUGCUCACAAGCUGCUAUUGAGUUCAUUCCACCACCCAGCAGCUGCCGCACAUCCCUGUUGGAGACCCAGACCAGUCGCUUGGAUCUGAAGCCAUCAUACAUGCUUUUGGUUGACAAGUUCUAUGUAAAAAAGAAACAACUUGCAACCAAAUGAUGAGGCUACAAAUGAAUGAAAAGCAGCUGUCAUCCAUGAUUCUACAAAGUCUACAUUUGAAUAUUUAGCAGAACUUAUGAGAAUGAGUCAGGUUGUAAACCAAAGUUGGUUUCAACUGCAUCACACUAAUGCUGCCUUCAUUGUUGUUUUAAUACAUAGGUUGGUAUACUGUAGACCGUAUACUGUAAUUAACUUCACAGCAUGCAACAUUAGAAUAAUAAAACAAUGAUACCGGGCAGGCUGGUGCGUUGUAUUGUUUUUGAUAUUUGAGGCUAUUAUUUCGGUAGCAACAUUGACAAAUAAAAAGCAACCUAAAAAUCUGUGGAAAGAACUGGUUACAUUAAAGGAACAGAUAUAUUUAAUGACAUGUAUUGUAGUAAAUUAUAUUUAAUGCUGUUAAAUAGCAUAAAUCCAUUCUUUUAUAUAUAUAAGGGUCUAUAGAUACCCAGGUCAGAAAAUCUUAAAGUGCAAAAAUCAACCACAGGUUUUACAGAUAAGUAGAAAAGUGGAGAUUUCUUCCAAAAAAAUGUGAAUGGCAGUGAGCAUGUGUGGCCUAAAUAAGUCAAAUGAAUGCAUGAUGCGUUCACAACCAAGCAUGGCACAUGCAGCUGGAUGGGUAUGUCUUAUUAUAAAUGACGUACAGUAUUAACAGAAAACAGUAGUCAUAAAAAAAUACAACUCAAAUGGCACAUCCUGGCUUCACCUACUGUAUCUCCCAUCCUCUUAUUUUCCCCAACUCAUCACACACAAACCCCCCACACAUGACUGAAACAGGGUGUGAACCUAUUACACUAACUGCAUAACCUUAACGUUCCGAGUCAAACCUCAAAAAAAAAUUUU